UCGGGCUGGGUGGUGGAGGAGAAAAAGGUGGGCGGAGGAAGGCGGCUGCCUGGAGGAGGAGAAACGCUGACUCCGGCAGAAGCAGCACCCAAGGGGGUUCCUCCCUCAGUCUCGGGCGUGCGACUCGAAAGCUCAGCCAUGGCAAGCUCCAAGCGGCAGAGAAACUCCAACAACGGCUCAGGAGAAAUCCAUGUGGACAGCAAGAAUGUACUGCAAGAUAGAGAUGGACAGCAAAACCACACCGAAACAGAUGCCAUUGUUGAAAGAAACGUCCAGCUUUUUGAUCCAGCAGUGGAGUAUAAAAUGAACCACAAGAGGAGGGGACUUGCUCUGAUCUUCAACCAUGAACGUUUUUUCUGGCACUUAACAUUACCAGAGAGACGUGGCACCCAAGCUGACAGGGAUAACCUAAAACGCAGCUUGACGGAGCUUGGAUUUGAAGUGAAGUGCUUUGAUGACCUUAAAGCUGUUGAAGUGUUGCAAAACAUUUACAAUGUGUCCACAGACCAGCAUGAAGAUGCAGACUGCUUCGUGUGCAUUUUCCUGAGCCACGGAGAAGAUGAUCACGUUUAUGCCUACGAUGCUAAAAUAAAGAUACAAGAAUUAACCAAGAUGUUCAGAGGAGACAAAUGCCCAAGCCUAAUUGGGAAGCCAAAAGUAUUUAUAAUUCAGGCAUGCAGAGGAGAUAGGCAUGACGACCCAGUCCUUCAUCGUGACACAGUGGAUAGCAAAACAGAAAUCAAUGAAACACAAGUCGAUGCUGCUGCUGUAUAUACACUGCCUGCUGGUGCAGACUUCCUCAUGUGUUACUCGGUUGCAGAAGGGUACUAUUCUCAUCGCGAGACUAUAAAUGGUUCUUGGUACAUUCAAGAUCUGUGUGAGAUGAUAAGAAAGCAUGGUUCUUCCCUGGAGUUCACAGAGCUACUGACGCUGGUUAACAGGAAGGUGGCUCACCGCCGAGUGGAUGUGUGCAAAGAUCUUAAUGCUAUAGGAAAAAAGCAGAUUCCUUGCUUUGCAUCAAUGUUGACUAAGAAGCUGCAUUUCUACCCAAAAUCAAAAUAACAUUGAGGAGCAGUAAGAAGAGGUUAUCUCAAACUACCCACAAUCUUGACAUAUGGGGUAAUAGAUUCAGACUGCAAUCCUGUACCCUUUUACCUGGGAGUAAUUCCCACUGGACUCAACGGGGUUGCUUCUGAGUAGCUGAUGUUUGGAAUUGCACUGUAAAGCAUUGUCAGUGUGCACUAUUUCGGUUUGCUUAAGAAAUCACCCUUGUUUUUCUUGAUCAACUAAGACAAUUUGCAAAACGACAAAGUAGCAAUAAUGGAAGACCCAAGUAAACAAAUUACAACCAGCAAGGGAUUUUUUUUUU